AUGGACAAAGGGCCUCUUGACAACGAAUUCUGUGCGAGCAAUCUCGCAUCCUGGGAUGAUACCCUAGCAAAAAAGCUAAAGCAGCUACAAUUGAGGACCGACAACAAACGUGCUGAGGCUGAAGCAGACACUCCAACAUCUAGCCGAAGAAGUCUUCCAGACCUUUGCAUCACUACUGAACUUCUCAAAGUACGAGAAGCUGAAUCAACUGCAUCGCCGUCUUCGAAUGCGGCCCAGCAAGGCAUCCAUCAAGCACCUAUCGUGGCGGCAAACAUUGUCGCCGAACAUUACAAGGAGCUCGUCCCCCAAUAUGGUUUGCUAGGCAGUCUAGAGGACGAAUCAGAAACCCUCACCGACGCCCAGCUCUUCUUGAACACGAAUGUGCCUUUCUCGGCUUUCAUUUGUGGUGUUCAAGGAAGCGGCAAGAGCCACACAACAUCCUGCAUUCUGGAAAAUUCAAUCCUAGCUUCCUCUCAUCUUGGAUAUCUGGAAAGCCCUGCCUCAACAUUAGUCUUCAGCUAUGGCGAGUGGAGUAGUGGUGGGGCAGGCUUUAACGUCAGUGAAGCAGCCUUUCUUGGUUCGCCUCAUCCCAGUUUCUCCAACCAGUAUGUCAGGAAAAUUACUGUAUUGUACUCGCCUUCCAAUCCGGCGAUCAAGAGGAUGUAUGAGCGCUUGCCGAAUGUUCAGACAAUACCAUUUCGUCUGAAAGCAAAGACCCUUGACAUUGGUGCCAUGCGUUCAUUAAUGGCUGUUAACGAGAAGGCAACUAUGCCAUUAUAUAUGGCAACAGUGGAAGCAAUCCUCCGCGAAAUUGCUACAACAAGUGCAGAUGGGUCUAUGGACUAUAUGGAGUUCAAGCAGAGAAUUGCAGAGGAGAAACUGAAUCCAGAUCAGUCUAACAUGCUUGGGAUGCGUAUGGAUCUCCUCGAAUCCUUCCUAGAUCUUGACGGCACUGCCUCAGUUCCAAGUUUUCAACCAGGCGAGGUGACUAUUAUCGAUCUCUCAGAUCCUUUUUUGACGCCUAGUACGGCUUGUAUUCUCUUCAAGCUUGCUCUGGAACAAUUUUUGCAGUCGAGCGCUUCAGGAAAGAUGGUAGUACUGGACGAGGCUCAUAAGUACAUGCUGAACACCCCUGGGUCAAAGAUAUUCACGGAUUAUCUUACACGUGUUAUCCGUCUCCAGCGUCACCAUGGCGCCCGUGUGGUUAUUUCGACACAAGAACCUACGAUCGCAACUAAUCUUAUCGCUCUCUGUUCUGUGACCAUCAUGCAUCGAUUCACGAGUCCUGCAUGGUAUUCCGCAUUGAGAAAGCACGUCAAUGCUCUUGAGAGCGACGGGCAAAUCAUGCAGCACAUUGAGGCUCUUGAGACCGGCGAGGCGCUCAUCUAUUGUCCCAAUGCGGUGUUGGGAAAGAGUAAGAGUGGAGCCUUGAUCAAGGCCACUGGAAGAUUGAUGAGAGUACACAUCAGGCACAGGAUAACACUGGAUGGAGGAGUGUCAAUCAUGGCGGUUUAG